UGUUUUUGUUACCUCCUUUAGAUUAGUCUUUUUUUUUUCUUUCUUUCUUUCUUUCUUUUUUUCAUAUUCCUUCUAUGACAACAUCAUCUCUUCAAGUCAUCGGUGCUGGUGUUGGGCGAACUGGAACAAUGAGCUUGCAGGCUGCUCUUAAUAAACUAGGUUACAAGACUCAUCAUUGUUCUAACCUGUAUGGGGAUGAAACUCAAGAUCCUGGUGUUUGGCUCCGAGCAUUUGAACAUCCUGAUACUCAUGAUGAUGAAUGGGAUAAAGUAUAUGGAGAUUAUACAGCAGCUGUAGAUUUUCCAACCGCUGUCUUUUAUAAAGAACUUAGUAAAAAGUAUCCUGAAGCCAAAUUUAUCUUAACUAUCCGGAGUCCUGAAAGUUGGUAUGAAUCUAUGAAAAAGACGGUUUUCAAACAAAUUACCCAUGUAUUACAAGGUCAUAAGGAAGCUGUACGUAGAAUGUUGAAAUAUAUCAUGCUAGAUGGUGUCAUGGAUGAAGAUGGUAUCCCCAAAACAGAAGAUAAGGAGUACAUGUAUCGAUUAUUCAAUGAACAUAAUGAACGUGUCAAACAAACUAUCCCUGCUGAUCGUUUGCUCAUCAUGAAUUUAGGUGAUGGUUGGGAACCUCUUUGCCAAUUCUUGGAUAAACCUAUACCGGAUGAACCAUACCCUCAUACUAACUCAAGUGAGAAUUAUGCUGGACAUUUUAUUUUCUAACGUGUCUACUGAAUUCCCUUCCCUCCAAUCACGUUCCCAAUAUUUACAAUCAUCGUUGUCGCAUACACAGCCAUUAUCACAAGAUGUUUUCCUAUAUAUCACAAUACCAAUAUAUAUAUAGAGUUUAUUGUUCACCAAUAAAAAAAAAGG